AUGGGUGACACACAAACAUCCAGAGAUGAAGAUUUUUCUCCAGGAUUCAGUUCUGUUCAUCAGAAGAGAUCAGAACCAGAGUCCAGCUGUGUGUCUAUGAGGAGUGACGAGUCUAUGGAUCAUAAAAUACAUUUUCCGAGUGGAGAUACACAGACUGAUCUGAGCCAUGAAGUCCUCAACAGGUUUAGAUCAAAUCUGAUGAAGAAGUUUGAGUGUCUGUAUGAGGGAACAGCACAGCAGGGAAACCCAACACUCCUGAAUGAGAUCUACACAGAGCUCUACAUCACAGAGAGUGAGAGUGGAGAGAUCAGUAAUGAGCAUGAGGUGAGACAGAUUGAGACACAAUCCAGGAGAGCAGCAACAGAGGACACACCGAUCCAAUGCAAUGACAUCUUUAGACCUUUACCUGGACAAGACAAACCCAUCAGAACUGUGCUGACAAAGGGAGCCGCUGGCAUUGGAAAAACAGUCUCUGUGCAGAAGUUCAUCCUGGACUGGGCUGAAGGGAAAAAGAAUCAGGACGUCCAGCUCAUAUUUCCACUUCCUUUCAGAGAGAUCAAUUUGAUGAAGGACAAAAAACUCAGUCUUUCAGAUCUUCUUCAUGUCUUUUUCCCUGAAACAAAAGAAAUGGAAAUAUCCAGUGACAAACAUAAAGUGUUGUUCAUCUUUGAUGGUCUGGACGAGUGUCGUCUGUCUCUGGAUUUUCAGAGCGAUGUGAGGUUGUGUGAUGUAAGUGAAUCAGUCUCAAUGGACGUGCUGCUGAUGAACCUCAUUGUGGGGAAUCUGCUUCCCUCUGCUCUCAUCUGGAUCACCUCCAGACCAGCAGCAGCUGAUCUCGUCCCCUCUGAGUGUUUCCAUCGAGUGUCAGAGGUACGAGGCUUCAAUGAGCCACAGAAGGAGGAAUACUUCAGGAAGAGAAUCAGUGAUCAGAGUCUGGCCAAUACAAUCAUCUCACACCUGAAGUCAUCAAGGAGCCUCGACAUCAUGUGCCACAUCCCAGUGUUUUGCUGGAUCUCAGCCGCUGUUCUAGAGAAGAUGUUGAGCGAAGCAGAGAGUGGAGAGAUUCCCAAGACUCUCACUCAAAUGUACACACACUUCCUGAUCCUUCAGACCAACAUCAAACAUGAGAAGGACUAUGAGAAGAACGUGACAGAUGAAGACAUGAUCCUCAAACUGGGGAAAGUGGCUUUUCAGCAGCUUGUGAAAGGCAAUGUGAUCUUCUAUGAGGAAGACCUGAGAGAGUGUGGCAUUGAUGUGACAGAAGCAUCAGUGUACUCAGGAUUGUGCACUCAGAUCUUCAGAGAGGAGUUUGGCUGGUAUCAGGGGAAAGUCUUCUGCUUUGUUCAUCUGAGCGUUCAAGAACAUCUAGCAGCUCUAUAUGUGCACCUCUCCUGUACAAACAACAGAAAUGUGUUUGACCAAAUCACUAAACAGAGUUUGUGGUCUAAAGUUAACGACUGGCUUCAACUCAAUUCAUCAAAACAUGUUUCAUUAUCUGAGCUGCAUCAGAGAGCUGUGAAUGAGGCUCUACAGAGUAAAAAUGGACAUCUGGACCUUUUCCUGUGGUUUCUUCUGGGUCUAUCAGUGGAGUCUCAUCAGAUUCUCCUACAAGGACUAAUGAAACAGAGAAGAAGCAGAUCUGACAGCAGUGAGAAAACAGUUGAGUACAUCAAGAUGAAGAUCAGGACCAUUGACUCUCCAGAGAAAUCCAUGAAUCUGUUCCACUGUCUGAAUGAACUGGGUGAUCAUUCAUUAGUGGAGGAAAUACAACAUUAUCUGAAAUCUGGACGACUAAAUGGAGCCAAACUCUCUUCAUCUCAGUGGUCAGCUGUAGUUUUUGUGUUGUUGACCUCUGAGAAGAAUCUGGAUGAGUUUUAUUUAAAAAAGUUUAUUCUAGGAAACAAUGAAGCUGAAAAUAUUAAAGUUUUUCAGAAGCUGCUGCCUGUGAUUAAAGAAUCCAGAUCAGUUCAGUUGAGUAAUUGUGGAGUCACAGAUGAAGGUUGUGCUGCUCUGACUUCAGCUCUGAGAUCAAACCCCUCACACCUGAGAGUACUGAGUCUGUCUGAGAAUAAAAUAGGAAAAUCAGUGAAUCUGCUGUCUGAUGCACUACAGGAUCCUCACUGUAAACUGGAGAAACUGUGGUUGAGAGACUGUGGAGUCACAGAUGAAGGUUGUGCUGCUCUGACUUCAGCUCUGAGAUCAAACCCCUCACACCUGAGAAAACUGGAUCUGUCUGAGAAUAAAAUAGGAAAAUCAGUGAAUCUGCUGUCUGAUGUACUACAGGAUCCUCACUGUAAACUGGAGAAACUGUGGUUGAAGGAUUGUGAAGUCACAGAUGAAGGUUGUGCUGCUCUGACUUCAGCUCUGAGAUCAAACCCCUCACACCUGAGAGAACUGAAUCUGUCUGAGAAUAAAAUAGGAAAAUCAGUGAAUCUGCUGUCUGAUGUACUACAGGAUCCUCACUGUAAACUGGAAAAACUGUGGUUGAGUUAUUGUGGAGUCACAGAUGAAGGUUGUGCUGCUCUGACUUCAGCUCUGAGAUCAAACCCCUCACACCUGAGAGAACUGAAUCUGUCUGAGAAUAAAAUAGGAAAUUCAGUGAAUCUACUGUCUGAUGUACUACAGGAUCCUCACUGUAAACUGGAGAAACUGUGGUAAGAUCAUAUUUGACUCUCACACAUGAAUCACAAUGUAAAGUAUAU